CUGUAAUUGCAGCCCGGGGCUGGCUCCUUCAAGGCUUCAUGGAUUCCUUAUUCUAUGGUGGUCCGUGCUUUCGUCAGCCAAUGCUGACGGAAUCGAUAUCGGAAGUGCUCGAACACCUGGUGUUCGACGCCAACGAAGUGGUCACCUACAAGUGGAUCUCGCGAAAGUGGGAACUCCACGCCAACCUCGCCAAGCGCCUUUUGCACGACUUCGUGACGGAACAGAGGCGCGCUGGAAAAUCGCUGUGCAGCUGGCACGCCGUGCUGUGCGCCGGUUCGGUGACUCUUGUGCCAGAGGCAAAGCUAGCGCGUUGUUUACGGCGCUGGCCAGAGAGCCGCGCGCACAUCUAUGCUGUGCUCACGAGCCGGACAGAGGACUCGAAUGUGAUCUGCCUAGCAGAUGCAGUGUCUAUGUGCAACAUGCAGCAGGAUGUGAGCUAUUCUUCGGUGAAGCCGACGAAAGCAUUGGCGAAACGCUGCGACCCUUUAUACGUGCUUGAUUCGUGAAGCUGAGAACAGGCGACGUUCUCUCCUCGAGAUGGCUGGCAGCAUUACGAGCACUAGACCGCAGCAUUGGUUCGCGCAAGUGCGCCAGUCAGCCUUUUUAACAAGGUGCGAGCUACGUCGACAAAGAAUGCGUUUCCAGACCACGUGUAUGAUGGCGCUGAGAAACGAGCCAUACAAGGCCGGUGUUUUCGUCCACGAAACACCGCUCGCCGUUUUGCUCAUAAGUUUUUCUUUAGCAUUUUCAACUCUAUUGUUUUUUUGUACAGGUGUUUAUUUAAGUUAUUUGGAAUUUUAGUUUACAUUUUGUGGCUGCGUCUACAUAGUUUUAUCAAUCACGCUGCGUGUGAAUAAAGAUGGACUAAACGACA